CGGUAACGGCUGACUUAAGCCUCGUCUCCUUUCUACAAUUUCAGUCCUUCUGGCGGGCAGCACACCUCUUCACAGCCGCGAUUUUCGUCCUCUUCCUGCUGCUGCUACGGGUAUGGUGUCUCUUCCUGCCAACACGUCAGUGCUAUCCAACCUCAUGUCGCUCUUUUAGCCACUCUGCUCUGAUACUUUCUUUUGUAAACAUAAUCACUGCGUCAUACCUGGCCUUCACGCCUCAAGACCUCGCAACGUCCGCACGCGUUGCCUGCCCUGCCAAUCCGACAAACGCCGUUUGGUUGACGAGGCCGAGCGAUUCCCGUCUUGCUCGUCGCGUGCAAGUCGUCCAAGGUGCGCGUCUUUCGGUGAGACACUGUCUCCGGGGCUGGCCGUUGAACGUUGAAUGCCAGCGCGACGCAUUUCCUCGUCCUCACUUCCCCCGCCGUCAUCUCCCCCAUCGGCUUUCCGGCAAGACGGAGAAGUGAACGGUCCUUCAGAGGCGCGUGGUGUGCCCUCCCCGGCACAGACUCUGUGGACAGCCCAUCCCUCGCCCACGCAGACACUGGGCCACUCUAGCCCAGAGUUACCCCCUCUCCCUGGUUUUUCGACGCUUGGGAGCGCUGAGCGGACGCCUUCAACGGUAGCAAGGCACGAGGAUACUUCAUCCUAUUACACUGCAAGCUGGGGUAGCCCGUACAGACACCCUCCGCCGUCGUUCAACCGAGGACGCAAUCUUUCGGCGAAUUCUGGGAGUGACGAUCUUGAAGAGGACGCGUCAAAUCUUCAGUUCGGACUUGAGCACCUUCUUCCGCGACUGCCAGAAGACGACGCGCCGAAUCCCGCGUUUGGUCUCGAGCAUCUGCUUCCCCCGCGACUGACGGAAGACAAUUCCCCUAAUCGGUUCAACCUAGAGCAUCUGAUCCCUUCUCGACUGCCCCCAAGCUUCGCCGAUACGCCAACGAAAUCCCAUUUCCCUUCGGAUAAUACCCCGCGAUCAGUCCCCUUUAGUCUUCCAGCAUCAGAGACAGUUGACAACCCGUCUGAGAAGUGGGUUCAGCAGUUUCUGGACGGAGGCUGGAAUCACGAGGCAAGAAAUUGGCAAAGCGACGGAUCGACUGACGGCGACGACCAAAGGCUUCUCGUAGAGAAACCGCAGAAGAAGAAGGGUCAUAAGUCAAGGGCCAACAACUUGACUUUGACACCGCAGGAUUUCUGGUCGCAUAUUGGCAAGACUCAGCAGGAAGAACUCGGCAAGAUGAUGGCAUCAAGGUACGCCGAUCCCCAGGCGCAUUCGCGUCAGGGGUCUGGUGCGAGCUUGAGGUCCCAGCUGAGUCGGAGCAUGCAUGCGGACAAACCCCUGCCAACGCCAGAGGAAGAGAAGGCUCCCGAGUCUCCGAAGUUUGUGGUAGAUGCUCAGGGAAAGCCGCAAACUCCAACCAAGGCUGUCUCUCCUGCACCUACCCCUCGCCAGCGUAAGAGGAUCCCCGUAAAAGGCAAGUCGUGCUGGAUUUCGAUACCGACGGAUAUUCCGCGAGGCUCGCCUGGAUUUCCGCCCAAACCAAUGAGUCCGGCAGAGGUCGAGUCAAAAUUGCAACAUCUCCAACGAGCUGGUUAUGACACACGGGGGUUCGGGUACUGGAAGGGAGCUGAUGUAUCAAGUGGAUUGUGUCUUCCUCAAAAUCGAGCCAUCUGGCCCGACGAAGGCGAGGUGCGAGCAGAGCGUUCGGGGCAAUACCGUGUGCGUAUUCCCAACAAGUCUGACUGGGAUGCGUAUGUUAAUCACCUCCUGGAGGCGAAACUGGCUGCUCUCGGUGUCAGUGUAGGAGGCGAAGAGGACGACAAUUCAAUGUCAAGACAAACUUCCGCUUCGCAACAUCCUAGCAUGCCAUUUUCGCCUCCACUCCCUACAUCGUCUGCGGGUAGUCACCGAAUCCGACAGGGAAGCAUCGUUUCGGGUUCCUUUCCCCUCGGCCCUUCUCCUGGACACGCUUCACGGCAGUCAAUGGCAUCGCCAAUCACAGCUUUUGGCAAUCAACGUCCGAGCAUGCACAUGCACAGACAUUCCACCUUUGGUUCACCUGCAAGUUUUAUUCAACACCAGGCCGCUUCGCCAUCCGGUCAAUGGUCACCUAACCAGUACUUUGGUGUUCAAGGCCCUCGAGGCGGCUCGCCUGCUCUGCCUCCUCUUCCACCAAGCAGACCCGAUCCUGCCGAUCUUGCAUCGCCCAACUCUCCAUUCGGGUUUAGGUCUGGCCAGCAAUUCCCUCCUGCCCCAACUCAACGGGAUGAAGUCCUGGCUCAAAUGCAACAGCAACAACAUCAGCACAACCUUCAAGCCCAACAACAGCAGCAAUUGUUCAACCUCCGACCAUCUUCUACGCUUGCAGAAGUACCGGAGGAUGAAGCCGAAGAAGAUGAAAUGCCAGAGUUGAAGAAUGCGGCUAAGUCUGGGCCUGAAAUCGCUGUUCCAACUCCUCGCGGCCAUCGCCAUAACAUUAGUGCAAGUCUUGAGCGUGAAGCUCGCGAAGCUGAGUACCAUCUGGAGGAGGCUAUCGAUAAGCAGUUCGAGGAGGGAGGGGAUUUCAGUACGGAGCCUGAAAACAACACCCAGUUCAAGCACUCAGCUCCUGUUGCUGAUUCUACUUGGGAGGAAUCUCGGCCUGUCCUGCACCAACCUCAGCCCCACAGCAGAGCGCACUCCCUGACUAAGCCUCAGCAAUCUUCGUUCUCAUUCGGCUUCGGCCCGCAACAACCAGAGAACCCACGCGCAGAUGUCAGUGACGGGGCUAGAACCAAUAUUUCUGACGUCACGAAUCCUAGCCUAGGGGAUGGAAAUCGCCUUGACGCUGCCAACGGCUCGGCACAGCACUCUAAAACUGCAUCGCAGGUCAGCAGCUCAUGGAAAGACACGAAACUUGCGUUCGGGAAGCCUGGUUCAGCCAUGCACAGCAAACACACGUCCCGCUCUUCCAUCUCUAGGCUCAACGUGGAAGCUAAGGAGUUCAACCCGUCGACGACGUUUAGUCCGAACUCCUUUUCUUCCAGCUGCUCGUUUUCGCCCGGCAUCAAGCCAUUCGGCCAAGAUGAAGCGACAAGGAGCAACAGGGUAAGUAUCGAUGGCUUGUCGAGCCUCAAUGUCGCCGCACCCGUGUUCAAGCCUGAUGCGCCUGUGUUUAAGCCCGAUGUACCUGCAUUCAAGCCGGCCUCUGAAAAUCCAACGCUCAAGGCUGCUGUCGAGGCUCCUGUUUUCAAGCCUGGCCUGAUGAAUGGAUCUGCUUUGCCAAGCAGUAUCUUCAGUUUCAUCUCCGAAGGAUCUGUUCCCAAACCCGAUGCCCCAGUCUUCACCCCGACCAGUGGUGCAUCCAUGGGACAAUCCCCCACCGCUCCGACGAACUUUUCUUCAAAGAUAUUUGGGAACGUUAGCAUCUCUGCAACUGAUAUUGUUAAGCCUGCGAAACGUUCCAAGGCCAUUCCUAUCGUACGUCCUGAUGCUACACGACAGAAAACCCCAGAGGAGGAAGAAGACAAAGACGAUGAGUUUGGACGAAUUAUGCAAGCUGAUGGGCGAGAGAAACGCGCUCGACACGUUCAUGAUGGUGGUGACGAUGUUCCUCAAUUUGCGCUACCGUCCCAACCCUUGGCGGAAAGUAAACAACCCCAGGCAGCCAAACAAGACCCACAGAUUGAGCGCGAAACGGCUCCAGAAGACAAGGAGAAUCUUUCGCCAAAUGCCGAGAGACCGAAGUCUAAGUCAAAGAGUCCCGAUCCUCUUGUUACUAUUGGGCUGAACUCGUCCUUCGAACCGAGCAUCCCUACUCCUCAGACUGAAAUGUCCACGGGAUCCUUGUCAGACUCCAAGACGCCGAUUGAUGAUAGGACGCCGCAAGAGAGCGAUGCACCCACACCUACGGUCGAUGAAGCACCGAAGCCAUUCACGAAUAAGCAUGCCCACAAAACAAGCUCACUUUCUGCGGCGGCGAAACCAUUCGAGUUUCGACCCCAGUUCGGCACUUCCGGCUUUGAUUUUGGUUACCACGUCACCAAGCCUUCCGUCGCACAGGACGACGAACAUAACAACACCCAUAUUAGCCCUCCCCGUCACUCAAGCCGUAGCCCAGCAACGACUUUCCGACCUAGCGACGAUGGCUCUUUUAAGACUGCUCUGGAAUCCCGAAGACACGUCCCAUACGCCGAGAGCGAAAGCCUCGACUUCGACAAUUUUGGCCAAACAUCAUUCAAUGACAUUGACGCUGUUAUUCAGCAUAUGAAUGAAGAAGGCUCCGACUUUGGCAUCGAACGAGACGAUCCUACUUGGGAGCAGUCUUCUCCUAGGAGAUCUCCCCACCAAUUCGAACGCCACGAUUUAGCACCGAACGUUAAUCUGCGUAGUGAUGCACCUAGCCCUAGUCCCCGCAGACUAUACGCUCCUAGGAAUCUGAACGCAUCCUCAACAUCAAUAACGCAUGAUCCUUUCAGCGACGAUCGUGCUGGCCUUGCCUACGAAUCUCCAGUUCAUCGUCUCAAUAACGCAGCCGAGGUUCCAAUGAGCGAUUGGGAUGAAGGUCUUACGUCGGAAGGCGAGGAUAAGAUUCAAACACGAAGCCGAUUCUUCGAUAGUCAUGUCGAUACCCUCAUUAGCCGCCUUUUGCAGAGUCGCCUUGGUCCGAUGGAGAAGAACCUGCAGGGCAUUCAAGAUGCAAUUGUUACGAUGUCUCAACGUCCCGGACGUGGCCGACGCAGCAUGUCUACGAACGGACGUCUUGACAGUGACGCCGAUGACGAGGACGACGAGAUUGGAACCGACUCGCAUUUCCGUACCCGUUCUCCCAGGAAGGACCGGAGGCUCGAAAAGAUUCGAUCCAUUGUCAAGGAAGCACUCGAAUCCCACCAGCCAGCCGUCACUUCCCUUCCUGUACCUGUUCCUGCUGUGGUAGAACCCAUGAAGCCGGAUAACGUCCGAGAAAUCAUCAUGGAGGCUCUUGCUCACCACCAGCCUCAAUGGACGCCGCCCAAAUUCGAGCCUGUUCCCGCUGAGCAGAUCCGCGCUAUCGUUGAAGAGGCAGUUGUCUCUCAUCAACCGACAGCUCCCGACCCUGUUGUGGAACCUAUCAAGCCGGAUGAUAUCCGCUCCAUUGUCUUGGAUGCACUUGCUUCACAUGCCCCAACGGCAUCCGAGUCAACUUCUGAACCUGUGAAAUCGGAGGAGAUUCGCUCAAUUGUUAUGGAUGCGCUUGCUACGCAUGCUCCUCAGCUCGCUGUCGAACCAAUCCGACCGGACGAUGUCCGGGCAAUAGUCACGGCUGCUCUCACCGAACACGCUCCUCAGCUAACUUCCACAUCCGCUGUUGAGCCAGUUCAGCCAGAUCUUAUUCGCUCGAUUGUUAUGGAAGCUUUUGCAAUGCAUGCCCCCCAGUCCGCCCCUUCCCCAGUUCCCGAGCAAUUACGGCCGGAUGAUAUUCGAUCGAUCGUUACAGAGGCCCUCGCCGCGCAACAGCCGCAGCUCCCACCUGCACCUGCUGGUGGACCUAUCGAGCCGGACACGAUUCGCUCUAUUGUUGCGGAAGCUUUAGCAUCUCACAAGCCCGCUGCAACUCUAGAGCCUCCAGUUGAUAUUCCCCAACCUCAGGUUGAUAUGUCUGAAAUCUUUCAAGUUAUUGGCAGCUUGAAGGCUUCUAUUGCGCAUGCUACUUCUAGCCACAUCCAGGCCGAGGAUAUCCGUGAGGUGAUCGAAGACGCUUUGAAGCGUCAAAGCGAGGAAGCUGCAGAACGCGAGGAAGCUCGGGCUAUUGAAGAGAAGGACAUCCGGAUUGCUGACCUCGAGGCUAUGCUGAAAGAAACCUCUCUUCGCCUAGACACCGAAGCUGAAGCUCGCAAAGUCUUGGAAGCUCGUGAAGUUGACGGCGCACGCCUGCUCGAGGUCACCGAGAAGGAGCUUGCUCUCCUUCGUGAAGCUGCUGGCGACGAUGAGAACAAGAUCCGAGCACUCCAAGUGGAAUGCGAGGAUACCCGCGGCAAACUUGACUCCCUCCAUAACAGUGACGAAGAGCUCCGAAAUAGACUUGUUGCUCUUCAAACCGAGAACGAUGAGCUCAAACUCAAGGCCAUUGCAUUUGAGAGCAGUGAAGAUGACAUCAAGAAGAAGUUAGAUGUUGUCUCUGCUGAGAAUGAGGCUCUGUCGUACACCCUCGAGGAACAUCGUAUGUCGACUAACAAAUGGAGGAACGAUAUUCAAGCCGCGAACGAGGAGAACGAAAGGAUGCGCAAGACUAUCAAUUCUUCACGACUCCAACAUGAGGAAGCCAUAAGACUCCGCGAAUCCAUGCGUACCAAGUUUGAGAAACUGCAGCAGGAUAUGAUCAUCGCUUCUGGACAGGCUGCUGCUGAGCGUGCUCAAUGGCAGAAGAGUGACGAGGCACACAUGAAGAAGUACGAAGUCCUCAGCGCCAGGAUCGAGGCCGAAGGACGGACAAGAGAGAGGCUGGAGAGGGAGUUGGAGAGGCUCGAGACUCAAGAGCGAGAAGGCAUGAAGCUCAAGGUUGCUCUAGAGCAGACACAGAAGGCUAACGUCAGACUGGAGCAAACCCUUGACGAGCUAAGACAGGAGAGUGUGGAACACCAGAGAACGGCCGAAAGAUAUGAACGUGAGUUCAGGGAGGCAAGAGAAGCCGGACGCGUUGAGGUCAGACGCACGCGCGUGCUUAUGGAAGCGGAUAUUGAUGCCGCCAACAAUCAAGUCAACAUUGUCCGCGCCGAUCUCGAAAGCGAAAUUUCUCGAAUACGGGCAGAGCUCGACCAGGUUCGCAUGGAUACCGAUACCGUCAAGGCUAAGCACGAGGUUGAGAUGGAAGCUGCCUCAGAUGCGAAGAAGCAUGCCGUUAAAGAGGCUUUCGAAAGCAAGACCCUUGCUCUUCAAGAACAACACCAAGUCUUUGAACGACGUUUCGAACGCCUCUCCCAAGAACACUGCCGAGCCCUGGAGAUCGCCCGCGAGGACAAGGAACGAGCGGAGACUUUCCACAAAGACCGCAUCUCGCUCGCCGAAUCCAAGAUGGAGCACCUUCAAGACAAGGUCGCUCUGCUCGAGGAGAAGCUUGCUGUUACUAAGGAAGCAGCCAGUGCCGCCGCGGCUGCCGCUCAAUCUGUCAAAUUUCCGGCUAUUGUAGGUCCGUCCUUGUAUGGUUCCGGUUUGCCCGAGAAGAUCUCGCCUCAAGCACUAAGAGAGUCAAUUGCGGUUCUCCAAGAACAGCUUCAAGAACGCGAAUCUCGCAUCGAAUCACUAGAGCACAAGCUCGCCGAAGUUGAUACAGAGGCCCCAGCAAAACUCAAAGAGCGAGACACGGAGAUUGGUUGGCUGCGAGAGCUUCUCGGUGUACGUAUUGAUGACCUGAACGACCUCGUCAAUUCGCUCGCUCAACCUACCUUUGAUCGCGAGAUGGUCCGCGAUGCGGCUAUCCGCAUCCGAACGAACCUUCAGAUGGAGCAACAGGAGAAGGAACGCCUUGUGGCUGGUGGCCAGUCGUUCCCAACACUCGCCACACUCUCCAAUUUUGCAUCUCCUAAGGCUGUACAGCUUGCUGCUGCCAUCGGAAAUUGGCGUAAGGGUCGUGAUAAUGGAUCCAGCUCGCUAGUUGGCGGUUCAAACAACACAUCUCGUAACCAGACGCCCUCGAGAAUUGCUCCUCCGGCGGCCCAGUCUUUCCUGUCUGGGCUCAUGACCCCGCCUACUUCGAACCUCCGCCGCACUCCAGAUCUACCGUCCUCGGCCAUUCGACCACAGAACAUCCGUUCGAACUCGUCGAGCUCACGAGGUUCUGCAGGUUUUCCUAGCUUAGGAAAGCAGCCGGUGCCCAGCACUCCGCCUCUUCUUCAUAAAGCAGCAUAUGACCAAGAUGCCGAGGAUGGGCAUUUCAGCGAGAGCGGAUUCUACGAUGACGAAAGCACUGUUGAUGGCGACAUGACACCGAUUGGUCUAAACUUUGGCCAGGAGCUGAGGCGGUAAACGUUUGCAAGAAUACACAUCACCAAAUGGAACAUCCCAGAUUAUGGAUGAGAUCAACCAAAUUUCCUUUGUACACAACAAAAACUCUCCUUAUGUCGCCCGCUUGCACAGGGCAUCCCCUCGUUUCCUGUAGCUUAAUUGUUUUCAUGCGCCUCGAUCCCUCGUUCACUCUACUUGCUGUCUUUACUUAGCGAUGAUAAGCAUGGAUGGAUAUACCCCCAAGACCGCACCGCCUGGUAUAGGGCAGGAUCAUUGAGAUUGGAUUGGAUUGGAUUGGACUAAAUUGUCAGAUUAGUAGAUAAUUCCCCUUUGGAUCCGUUUCUUUUGUUGAAUAGGGUUGGUGGUGGCGGAGAACGUAGAUAUACUUAGCACAAAUUGUAAUAAGGGUUAGAGCUUAGUAUAAGUUGAUAUAAGAA